AUGGAGCGCAAGUCUGGCAUCGUUUAUAUUAGUAGAAUUCCACCACAUAUGAAUCCACUUAAAAUACAGCGAAUAUUUUCACGCUAUGGACAAAUCAACAGGAUCUUUUUACAGCCAAUAGGUUAUUCAUUAAUGAUUAAUAUUAGAAAUUCUACUGAAAUUGUCCGAUCUAAAAGAAUUCAUGAAACAAAAUUAUACAGCGAAGGAUGGAUAGAAUUUAAGAAGAAGAAAAUAGCAAAAUCCGUUGCGUUUUCCCUAAACAAUACAAAGAUUGGUCGAAAAAAUAGAGGCUAUUAUGAUCACGAUUUCUGGAACUUAAAAUAUCUACGAAAAUUCAGAUGGAGUCAUUUAAAUGAGAAAGCGGCUCAUCAUAAUGUCAUUAGAGAACAGCGCUUACGAACUGAGAUUUCUUGGAUGAAAAAACAGAAUACUGCUUUUCUUGAUAAUUUGGAUAAGAGUAGAGCCAUUGAUGCUAUAGUAAAGCGUAAGGAAAGUAUUGGAAGCGAGCAUGUAAAGGUAAGUUUACUGAGACUAAGUUCUUGUUCAAAAUAA